AUGAAGGGGUCAAAAGGGUUGAAUGAAAGCGGUCUAUCAGCUGUACCGUACGUACUGGGUCAUUGUUAAUGAAAAUUCGAAUCGCAUCAACAAAAUCGUGAGAUCUGGAUAGGUCUCUGUAUGACCUCGAGCACGUGAAAGUGAAUUGAGAAAUCUUUCUUUGUUUUUCUGGAACUGGCCAUUUCAUUCCUUUCCAAUCAAAACUUUCCGAUAGACUCAUCACACAAAGUCAACAUCAAUCCAUCAUUUGCGGCAGCCCACAUAAACUUCCCGCCGCCGGCUUUCACAUCGGACACUAAUAUCUAUCCGAUAGAACUUGCUUUUCGGCAUACCUCAAAGCUAUCACUCAAAUAAUAAAACAUUCCCAUUCAUUCAAGUCCAUCUUGAUCCAACAAGAACUCCACAUCUUGAUUCUUAGUUAUCAUUCGCACAAUUCUCCAUCAUGUCUACAGCUGCUCGUCGUCGUCUCAUGCGGGAUUUCAAGCGCAUGCAAACUGAUCCCCCCGCUGGUGUUUCCGCAUCUCCUGUUGCAGAUAAUGUGAUGCUUUGGAAUGCUGUCAUUAUCGGUCCUGCAGAUACUCCCUUUGAAGAUGGAACCUUUCGACUGGUCAUGACCUUCGAGGAACAAUAUCCAAAUAAGCCUCCUGCCGUCAAGUUCAUCAGCCAAAUGUUUCAUCCUAAUGUUUAUGCAACCGGAGAAUUGUGUUUAGAUAUUUUGCAGAACAGAUGGAGUCCCACAUAUGAUGUUGCGGCUGUUUUAACAAGUAUUCAAAGUCUUCUUAAUGACCCAAACACUGGCUCACCCGCCAAUGUCGAAGCUUCCAACUUAUACAAAGACAACAGAAGAGAAUACACAAAGCGUGUCAGGGAAACGGUGGAAAAGAGCUGGGAGGAUAAUUGAUGAUGGAUUUUCGAACAUUUGAGAAGCUCAUAUAGUAGCUGAACUGCUUUGAAGCACAUUCAACGUGAUUCUUUACCUGGUCAUAUUUACGUUACGCCUCUUUUAAUGAUGACAUGGCGGGGUUAUGGAGUUUUCGAAAGGGCAUCUAUCAUGGAGUUUCCCUUCACAAUAUGUUUAUAUGGUUAUUUUCUCGAAGAGUUAGUCAAUAGGACAACAUUUUUGCUGCCAUGGUGCAUCUCAUACAGCAUUGUUCGAUAUCUCUGAAGUAUAUCAUUUUGUUCAGACAACCUGCUUUUACCUAUCGUAGAUAAUGAAUGUACAUACAUGCCAUACGGUGCCUAUGGUAACACAG